UCCUGGCAAUCAGCUGUGAUUUCUCCGCGUGGAGGCGCGAGCUGGUGCGGAGAAGGACGCUCGAGGCCGCAGGGAACCGGGAGGGUCGGAGGGGCGCUGGGGGCGAGCGAGCGCGCCUGUGGUCCUCGGGUGCCGCGAUGUCAGCACAGUGCUGUGCGGGCCAGUUGGCCUGUUGCUGUGGGUCUGCUGGCUGCUCCCUCUGCUGCGGCUGCUGCCCCAAAAUCCGACAGUCCCGGAGCACCCGCUUCAUGUACGCACUCUAUUUCAUUCUUGUCGCCGUCCUCUGCUGCAUGAUGAUGUCACAGACUGUAGCUAAUGAGAUGAAAGAACACAUUCCUUUUUUUGAAGACAUUUGUAAAGGCAUUAAAGCUGGUGAUACCUGUGAGAAGCUGGUGGGGUAUUCUGCGGUGUAUAGAGUCUGUUUUGGAAUGGCUUGUUUCUUCUCAAUCUUUUGCCUCCUGACCAUCAAUAUCAACAACAGCAAGAGUUGCAGAGCCUAUAUUCACAAUGGAUUUUGGUUUUUCAAGCUUCUCUUGUUGGGGGCCAUGUGCUCAGGAGCUUUCUUCAUCCCAGAUCAGGAGACCUUUCUGAAUGCCUGGCGCUAUGUGGGAGCCAUUGGAGCCUUCAUCUUUAUAGGCAUCCAGCUCUUCCUGCUCGUGGACUUUGCACAUAAAUGGAACAAGAAUUGGACUGCAGGCACAGUUCACAACAAGCUGUGGUACGCCUCUCUGGCCCUGGUGACACUCAUCAUGUAUUCCAUUGCCGCUGGAGGCUUGAUUUUCAUGGCAGUAUUUUAUACACAGAAGGAUGGUUGCAUGGAAAACAAAAUUCUCCUGGGAGUGAACGGAGGCCUGUGUCUGCUCAUUUCACUCGUAGCCAUCUCGCCCUGUGUACAAAAUCGACAGCCACACUCCGGGUUAUUGCAGUCAGGUCUCAUAAGCUGCUAUGUCACGUAUCUCACUUUCUCAGCUCUGUCCAGCAAGCCUGUAGAAGUAGUUCUAGAUGAACAUGGGAAGAACGUUACGAUCUGUGUGCCUGACUUGGGUCAGGACCUGUACAGAGACAAAAACUUGGUUACUGGACUGGGUACUACUCUCUUGUUUGUGUGCAUCUUAUAUUCAUGUUUGACAUCAACAACAAGAUCGAGUUCUGAUGCGCUGCAGGGGCGCUAUGCAGCUCCUGAACAGGAAGUAGCUCGGUGUUGCUUCUGCUUCGGUCCCUAUGGAGAAGACACUGAAGAACAGCAGAAUAUGAAAGAAGGACCAGGGGUCAUUUACGAUGAGAAGAGAGGCACCGUUUAUAGCUAUUCCUAUUUCCACUUCGUGUUCUUGUUGGCUUCCCUCUAUGUGAUGAUGACUGUCACCAACUGGUUCAACUAUGAAAGCGCCAACAUCGAAACCUUCUUCAGUGGGAGCUGGUCCAUCUUCUGGGUCAAGACGGCCUCCUGCUGGAUGUGCGUGCUGUUAUACCUGUGCACACUGGUCGCGCCCCUCUGCUGUCCCUCUCGGCAGUUCUAUGUGUGAGAUCUGAGCAAUCCUCUUGGUUCCGGCCUCCAGGCUGGAAACGACGUCCUUCGAACAAGUGUCUCAAGUCACUGAGCAGUGUGACUGGCGCUUUGUGAAAAGCUGGCAUCCUCUGGCUGGCUCGAGGGUGUCUGAAAAGGCUUUCAGGAAAAGGAAAAAAAAAAAAAAAACACCUGAUAAGCUUUUUAACUCUGAAAUUUGAAAAGAAACUACCAGAUUAUCCCAAAAGAAUUGAAUAUUUCAACCAAGCUGAUACUGAGUGAUAAUAUAUAUUUCGUAUAUGUCUUUUCCCUAAAAACAAGGAAAGCAGUUGGGCUUGUGUUCUCCUUCCGCAUGUCUUUACCAAAGCAGUUUGGGGCACGACAUCUCACAGGGAUGAAAACUUACCUUGUGUGGCCUCUCAUUUUCAUCCUUGGAAAAGAAAACACGCCAAACUUAUGGCCCCUCGGCUCCUGCCAGAGUGCAGGCCCCUCUUCACACCGUGGCCUGCCGAGCUCUUUCCACAGCUCCCCGGUAUUUACAGGGUACCGGAGGAAGCACCUGCUUUUCACUCCACCCUUGUGUGGCCUCCUCCUGGCCCCCAGGUGUUGUGAUGCUGGGAAUCACAGACUUCACAUUCUGCCAUCACUCUUCCUAGAGGUCCCCUCAUCCUUUCUGGGUUCAGCAUCUUUGUUAUAAUGUGAAAAAGCACAAUUCGCCAUCACCAACCUGCGUGAUCUUCCGUGUUAUCACUACCUGAUCCGAGUUACUGCAAUAAUUAUGACUCUUUGUGGUGUUAUUCACAUGAUUAUAGAAUGGGAUUCAUGUUGUGUCCUUUGUCUAGAUGAUGGAGGGCUGUAAUUAUUACUCGUUUGUGCUUUUAAUAGUGAUAAUUCUUCAGGACCUCACCUGAAAAGUUGCUUCUUGACUGAAGCCUGCUGCCCUGCCGUUUCAGUAAGGUCAGCCCCUCAGUUUCUCUUCCACCUCGAGGCCUUUGAAAUGGUAAAAGCAAAAGGGAUCUGCAGUGCUACCACACUCUUAAUGUCCAUUAUGGUUUUUUGGGGAGUAGAUUUGCUGAGGUGAGGAUCCCACCACCUCAAACAGAGCUGACCAGAUAAGGCCUAUUAACUAGCUGUAGAAGUGACCAGAUAUACUUAGAAGAAAAGGUGGGUGGUGGAGGUGUUUACUUAAGCCACAAACAACAUCCACGGAAAUUUCCAAAGUACGUACUUGUGAAGUAAUACUCACGAGAGAAUGGACUUUGUGCAGUUGCCAUUUUCAGUGUUGAUGUACUCAGUUAGGGAAGCGUUAACUCAGUGGAAAGUCCCUUAGAGACCCCAGUGGAGACAAGGCGGGGAUGCCCCUGUUAGUAUUUCAUGCAGGAUGGAAAGAAUCCUCCCAAACUCCCUGGCAGAGAGGGUCUGAGAAUGAAAAGAUUGGCCUGUGCCCUACUGUAUGAGUUGGGUAGAAUUGGGCCUCACUCAAGCUGGGCUGUAGUGUACCACAAUACUGGUGCAGGAAAUUAGUCAAAUUCUUUAUUUCUACUCUUUUGCCCUCCUUCCAAGAAAAUAAGGGUGGGGAGGGGAUACAAAUACAAUGGAUGAAUUCAUCUAGGAAUUUGCCUUAUUGAUAGUAUCUGAGAUUCAGGUUUAAAAGACACUCAUUAUAUGUGUAUGGGAGAGCCUUGUUUUGUAAACUUUAUCACAUUUCUUUUUUUAGGCAGGAGAUCUUUGUGCUCAGCAAUUGAAAGAUGCUGGAGUCACAAAAUGAAUAGCCGCCACGUGCAGCCCCCAUUAAGCAGGUGGGGGUUGAACUCUGUGGAUCAGAGCAGGUUGAGGGAGCUGGGGACAUGUGUGUGUAGCAGCAGCUUCCUGGCAGAGGCCACUGCAGUGGAUGGUGUAAUGACACAGGGCUCUGAGUAAUCGAGAUUGGCUUUUAGGAAAGACCACAAGCAAAGGCAGGUCACGAGAAAAGGCAGAUCAAGAGCUGGGGUUGUAUCAGUGACCAGUUUUAUGUUUUCUUCCCACUAGCUGGGUCUGGCAGCCAGUUGUGUGACUUUAGAACUGGUCUUUACAGCAGGUCAAGGUUAAGCUAACAAGGCUGUGUACUCCUUGGCUGGCCCUUGUUGACCCCCUUACCUUGCAGAAAGAAGCUCGGGGAAAUGACAUUGCCAGUGGCAGGGCCCUUGGAGCUUCCUUCCUUAGUUGCCCAGGCAACCCACCCUUUUCCAGCUGUCUAAGACUUGGUCUGUGGCCUGAAGUUCCUUUCUGAAGGAAGGUUGGUUUGACACAAGAGAAAUAGUUAUAGUCACCUGGUUUUUAUUCUUAACUGAGAUUUCGAGCAAGUUUAUCUGAAUGAUUGAGAGACAGUAGAUGUGCUCUGAGGACUACGGACAUAUAAAUAAGUUGACUUUAAUAAAUAAUUAAUUGUAAUAAACAAUACUCAGGUGAUGAGUCAAUAUUCAUAGGUUUAAAGAACCUACAUUUUUGUGCUGUUGUGAUUUAAGAAACUGGAAAAAUUGUGCCAAUUGCUUUGAGUUGCUAGAAUGAUGGUGUUCAUCUGAUAAAUUCAUUUUUAAAUAAUAGACUUUUGCUUCCUAUGACUUUUGUACAUGAUUUUUAAAGUGCACUUCCAGAAGCUGCUGGUCAGACUCCUUUAACAAUGAAAGCCGAAGAAGAGUUUUUAAAACUUCUGUGUAUGUUUUCUUUGUGCUAUUCAUCCCAUGUGGAAAUUUCCCCCCUUUCAUUUCCAUGAGUAAAAACACUGAGUGUGGAAAGGGAUUCUUCAGGUAGUGUUGCUGUAUACAUGUCAUCUGACUGAAGACCAGAGAGUUUUCUAUCAAAAGCUUUCGGACACUCUUUGUCCUUAUUCGGUCUUGCUUUUGUUGGUUUUGCUUUUGCCUUUGCACUUUUUUGGGAAAUGGCUUGAAGGAACUGUUCGCCAGAGGUAUUUUGGAGCCCUCGUAUAAUGGACUGUGCAUGUGGGCAAUUGGAGGGUGGGGUUACUGGGGAUUUGGGGUUCUGGUGCCCAUCAGAAAUAGCCAGCAGGGGUUUCCCACAGCACAUUGUUUAUUUCCAGUUCCUCAGAGGUUCCUUCAUUAUGGAUGGCCUCCAUGCAGUGCUAGUUCCUCCGCUCUCCUCCCCUCCACCAGUUGUCACCCUCUGCCUUUUUAAAAUUACGUACUUACUUAAUUUUGGCCAGAAAUUUACUACCAUUGGUGCUUCAUGUUACCUGCAAAGAGAGAAUUCCAGAGCCUAUAUUUAAACUGCCUGAACUUUUUUCUCCCUUGACUGCCUUCCCAAAUAGCAUCUCAUUUUAAUGUGCAUUAGUGUCCUGCCCCUUUUAGAAAUGAAAGAGGGUUUAUCCUAUAACUAAGGGUGUGACCAUGGGCUAAGGCCCUGCAUGUCCAGAGAGAACACUGGCCUCCUUAAUUAAAGACAGUGCAGUAGACACUUGGUUCAUGGAAUUCUCUGUAGGACAUUCUUCUUAAUUUACUAUUAGCACUAACUCUAUAUGGCUUUGUUCUUAAAGCCACCAUGUUUCCUGCCAUCUUUACUAUAUUGGUAAAGCCUCACACAUUUUAAUCUAGUGUUGCAUUUCAGGUAGAGAUGGGCUCUCUAAUAUUGGACUUACUUCAAAGGACUGGAGGGUUCUUCACACAGGUCUUUUGAACUAAUUCUAGCUAUUCUAAGAUCAUGGUUUUUUUCCUUUCCUUGGUAAAUCAUUUGCAGAGUUGUUCAUUUUGAAAGGGGAAAAUAUUUGGCUUUUACCAAAGAGGUGUUUUUGUUUUGUUUUAAAUCAAAAUCCUUUCAGCAAAAACUUAAUUGGAGAAGGGUAGAUUAAGAAUGAAUAUGUCCAAAUUCACUUCUGUAGGAGUUUAAUCAUAUUUAUGUGGGAAAAAUGAUGGGAGAAUAACUCUUUAAGCUAAUCCUUUGGGAUGAUGGAUCCUGGGAAAUUCUCUCAGGUAAGCAAAGCUUGUAGCAGAUGUGUAAUAUAUGUCUUGAGAGCUAUUUAUAAGAAAUUUAAGGGGAUCGUGUUUUCAUUUAUUAAAGAUUUAAGUUUUUUUACUUUGUAAAAAAAAACUACAAAAAUUUUAUAGUCAUAACUUUUUAAAAUUUUUAAACUUUUUUGAAACAAUUAGCUGUAGCCAAAUCAUGUGGUUAUGUUUUGCUAUAUUAGAAUUUGAAAAUGUAACGUGUGGUAAAUCUACUGUUCGAAAUUUGUAAUGGUCUCAGAUAUGGUUAGCGUUUGGAUAACUUUCUAAAUAGUUUUUUCCUCCUUUAGUCACAAAAGCAGUUGUGGGUUGAUAUUAGUUUUUUGAAGUGUCCGAAGUUGACUAGUCUCUUACUAUGUAAAAAACUCAAAACUUGUUAACUCUGUACUUUUAAUAAAAUUUAAAACUGAAAA